UUGAUUGGACGAUUCUCUCGGGUGUGACUUGAUUUGAACUCUGGUAAAGGGCACUUUCUGUAAAAGGAAAUAUUGACUGUGACGUCAGGAUAUUUACAACCCAUAUUUGGAAAACAUUAAAUUCUUAAACUUUAUUGAGAACUGUUUUGAUAUUGCGAGUAAUCGUUACCAUAGAAACUCAAAAGAAGAUUAUAAACGUAAUAUUCUCUAAAAUCUAACCGAAAAUAUUUUUCGAAAGUAGUUUAACAAACACAUGUUACUGAAACUUUCGGCGCCAAACCAUGCUCUCAGAAGGGGAUUUCCAAAUAUGAAUCAUCACUAUUAACACGUGGAAGUUUUGAGACUAAUAAUAAAGCAGUAAUACGAUGUCCACCAGUAGAAUUUUAUCAUCAGGACAAGGCAUACCAAGUAGAACUGUUACAUCAUCUGGGGCAGCAUCAUUUUAUACCAGUGAUGGCGAUAGUAUCAUAGGGGCUGAUGAUGAAGAUGAAAGUUUACAUGAAAAUCAUAUUAAUCCUGUACGACAGAGAGCAGAAAGUUCUACAAUUAAUGACCAGAUUUAUAUGAGUAUAUUUUGGCAAGGUGGACGACUUGGUCUGGCCUAUUAUGAUAUAGAAUCCACACAGAUACAUAUGAUGAUGGACAGUAUUGAACAUGACGACUUUUCUCUGUUACAGCGAGUGAUACGACAGAUAAAUCCUGUGAUCGUUGUACUGAGUUCUAAACAAGAUGACAGACUGAUUAAAACACUCAAGCCUAUAGUUACUAUGGAAACAGAGGAUGAAGCUGAAGAUGUUUUACAGUUUUUGCCCAGCAUUGAUUUCAGUGCUGAUAUUUGUAAGAGAAGAAUAUUAAAUCUCGACUUGCCAUCUCUCCCUAAGCACUAUACAGAAUCAGAGAGAACUUUGUAUAUAUCGUCACUGGUACCAUUUGAUAAUCAAUGUAUGAUCAGAGCAACAGGAGGCUUGUUAAAAUACCUGGAGAAAAUGAGAGUUGGUAUAGAACUUGAGGAUACAGAUGUCAGAGUACCUGUACUGGAUAUAAAAACUUUCACUUUGGAAGACCAGCUUCUCCUAGAUGACAUUGCUUUUUGUUCCUUGCAGAUUUUCCACAAAGAAUUACACCCAUCUGUGUACAAAUCAGGACAAACUGGUGCAAAAGAAGGACUCAGUCUCUUUGGUAUACUGAACAGGUGUAGAUCACAGAUAGGUAGCAGGCAAAUGAGGGUGUGGUUUUUGAGGCCAUUAAGAGAUCAGUCGGUAUUGAAGCAGCGCCAUGAUGCAGUAUCAUUCUUCAUCACUCCAAGGAACAUAGAAAUAGUGUCUGCUCUGUCUGAUAACCUAAAACAUGUCAAAGAUAUACAGAGGGUUCUCUCAAGAAUGCAGCAAUCUCAGGCUUCAAUUGGUGAUUGGCAGGCUCUUUAUAGAACCACAUACCAUGCAAUAAGUAUAGGUGACUUAUGUAAAAGUCAGUCACAGUCUAUAGAUAUAUUUAAAAAGGUGUCUCUUAAAUUUGGAGAGGAACUGCACAGAAUUGCAAAUCUGAUAAGUAAAAUUGUAGAUUUUGAUGAGAUGAGUGUACAGAACAGAUUUGUAGUUAAUCCUAAUGUAGAUGAAGAUUUAGACGAAAAGAAGAGAAAAUACAACGGUUUACCAGAUUUUAUGACACAAGUUGCUAAGGAGGAGUUGAACAGAUUGAGUGAAGAUAUAGCAGAAUGCAAUGUUAUAUAUCUACCUCAGCUUGGAUAUCUGCUAGCAAUCCCUAAACCCAGUGAUGGUUCAGAUGAUCAGUAUGUCAUGGAAGAUCUAGAAUUUGUGUUUAUGUCCAACAAUAUGUUGCACUAUAGAAGUGCUAGAACUAGAGAGCUGGACAUGUUACUAGGAGAUACUCAGUGUGAUAUACAAGAUCAGGAGACCAGUAUAAUGCACAAGCUACAGAACUCCAUCCUAGAACAUACAAAGGCUUUACUGGAAGUUUUGGAGCUAUGUGGAGAACUAGACUGUUUAUUGGCAUUUGCUACUUGUGCGAAAGAGUUUAAUUAUGUUAAACCGAAGCUGGUACCAGAAAAUGUUAUAGAUAUCAAAUCAGGCAGACAUCCACUUCAAGAAUUGUGUUGUAGUCCUUUUGUACCAAAUGAUGUAUGCAGUGGCCAAGAUUAUAGUAAUAUUAAAAUCCUGACCGGUCCUAAUGCCUGUGGGAAAAGUGUUUACUUAAAACAGGUAGCAGUGAUAGUAUAUAUGGCCCAUAUAGGCAGCUUUGUUCCUGCAGAGUCAGCAUCAAUUGGUCCUAUAGAAAGAAUAUACACCAGAAUACAGUCCCUGGACAGUGUGUCUGUUGGACUGUCAACAUUUAUGAUUGAUAUCAACCAGAUGUCUCAGGCUUUGAAGAGUGCCACAGAGAGUAGUUUAAUCAUAAUUGAUGAGUUUGGUAAAGGCACGGAAAUGGUGGAUGGGAUGUCCUUACUGUGUGGAUGUUUAACUUAUUGGUUAGAGAUGGGAAAGCGUUGUCCACAUGUUUUUGUAUGUACACACUUCCACAGUUUGAUCAACCAGCAUUUACUGCCAAAAUCUCCAAAGAUUAAAUACAUGACAUUAGAAACUGUUCAUGAUGGGGAAGAGUUACUGUUCCUUUAUCAUUUAGUAGAGGGUCAUACAAACUCCAGUUAUGCCAGCCAUAUAGCCCUACAAGCUGGACUACCACAGGAAAUAGUCAAACGUGGAACGGAGGUAUCCGAGCUGAUUAGACAAAACAAACCAAUAGAGAAAGUUGAUUCUGAGGGCACUGAUACACAGUAUAAAAGGAGUAAAAUGAUAGUAGACAGAUUUUUAGAGUUGGACCUGGACAAUGGUGACCUCAUUUCUUUCCUUUCAAAUGUGGUGUUACCAAUUAGUGAAGGACAAAUAUAAUACGUUGAUUAAUUGUGAACUGCAAUAGCAAAAUUUGUUGAUAUCAAAUUUUAUGUACUGAUAGAUAUAAUUUACAAUUAUGUUUUAUUAAGCCAUAUAUAAUGAAUUGUCUAGUUCUCUGGACAUCAUCAUGUUACAAAAAUAUAUUAAUUGAUAGCUCAUAUUUUUUGAAGUCAUACUAGUAAUAUAAUUUAUUCUUGUUGUAAGUGUUUGAAUUUCCUUUUUAUGCCCCAUUUAUUGGCGUUAUGUUUUCUGGUCUCUGUCCCGCUUCAGGUUAAAGUUUUUGGUCGAGGUAGUUUUUGAUGAAGUUGAAGUCCAAUCAACUUGAAACCUAGUAAACAUAUUCCCCAUGAUAUGAUCUUUCUAAAUUUAAUGCCAAAUUAAAAGAUUUUAUCCCAUUUACAUGGUCCACUGAACAUAGAAAAUGAUAGUGCAAAUGGGAACACAUUCUUGUGUAUUGCUAUUUUGAAAAUAAGAGACAACUCCCAAUUAGAAAAUUAAUUUGUCCUAGAGUUCAACAAUAUAUGUAACCUCACAUUGUCAUUGUAUUUGAAAUUAUUUAAAUACAAUGGAAUGCUUGAAAAUUUCUAUCUGAACUAUAUGUAUAGCAAAGAUUUUGAUCUAGGUCAAAACUGAUUGUUAAAAUAAUGUGCCAUAUUAAGUAAGUACCUACUUUUCAACAACAUAACACAGCAUAAAUGUCCGAGAACCAACAAAACAUAAAUGUCUUGAGAACCAAUUUUGGUUGUCUAAUGAAUAUUUCAAUACACCAAUUGAAGUAAUAUUUACAAUCUAUUCUUCAUUAAAUUCCCCAAAUCACAUUGGUUAUUUCAAAAACCAAAGACAAAAAUAAAUGAUUCUAAAGAUAGGAAGAAAGGGGAAAUCUGAGAAUGAACCUCAAAUAAGCUCAUUAAUUACAAAUUGGUCAGAAUUCUAGUACUGUUUAAACACUUUUGAUAUGUAAGUGUUGUCCCUGAACAAAAAGAUUAAAUUUUUUUGCUUGGUUGUAUGGUGUAGCAUUUGUAGCUUUGCUUUUUAAUGUCGAAUAAUGUUUUUGUAACAUUUAAUAGUCAUUAUGAUUUUAGUUUUAAUACAUGUCAAAUUAUUUAUCUAUUUUAAUGUUCACUUUGAUGAUAUAUUAU